GGACGGUCGGGGCCAUGGGCCGGCGCUGCGCCUCGGGACGGGCCGGCCACCGCGGGGACCCGCCGGCGGGGCUGGGGGCGCUCCGGGAUCCCCCCCGAGGCGUAGGCGCGCACGAUCGCGCCGCUUGAGGGGCGCUCGCCCGAGCGCAGAGGCGGAGGAGCCCAGGCCGCGCGGCCCCCCAGCGCCCGCAGGAUGCUCAUCAAGGAAUACCACAUCCUGCUGCCCAUGAGCCUCGACGAGUACCAGGUGGCCCAGCUCUACAUGAUCCAGAAGAAGAGCCGGGAAGAGUCGAGCGGCGAGGGCAGUGGCGUGGAGAUCUUGGCCAACCGGCCCUACACGGAUGGGCCCGGGGGCAGCGGGCAGUACACGCACAAGGUCUACCAUGUGGGGUCCCACAUCCCAGGCUGGUUCCGGGCGCUGCUGCCCAAGGCCGCCCUGCAGGUGGAGGAGGAAUCUUGGAAUGCUUACCCCUACACUCGAACCCGGUACACAUGCCCCUUUGUGGAGAAAUUCUCCAUCGAAAUCGAGACCUAUUACCUGCCUGAUGGCGGGCAGCAGCAGAAUGUCUUCAACCUGAGCGGGGCCGAGCGGAGGCAGCGGAUCCUGGACACCAUUGACAUCGUGCGGGAUGCGGUGGCACCCGGCGAGUACAAAGUGGAAGAGGACCCCCGGCUGUACCGCUCGGCCAAGACGGGGCGGGGUCCGUUGGCUGAUGACUGGGCAAGCAAAGCGGCCCAGACCGGGCCCCUCAUGUGCGCCUACAAGCUGUGCAAGGUGGAAUUCCGCUACUGGGGCAUGCAGGCCAAGAUCGAGCAGUUUAUUCACGAUGUCGGUUUGCGGCGGGUGAUGCUGCGAGCCCACCGCCAGGCCUGGUGCUGGCAGGACGAGUGGACAGAGCUGAGCAUGGCCGACAUCCGAGCACUGGAGGAGGAGACCGCCCGCAUGCUGGCCCAGCGCAUGGCCAAGUGCACCACUGGUGGAGAUGGCCCCGAGGUUGAGCCCCAGGGGAAGCCGAACACAGAACCUCGGACUGGGGCCAGCUGCGCCAGCACCCCCGAUGGGCCUGAAGCCCCCCGAAGAAGCCCCGAUGCAUCCCCAGAUGCCAGCUUUGGCAAACAGUGGUCCUCGUCGUCCCGUUCGUCCUACUCAUCACAGCAUGGAGGUGGCGUGUCUCCCCAGACCCUGUCUGAAUGGCGAAUGCAGAACAUCGCGCGUGACUCUGAGAACAGCUCAGAUGAGGAAUUCUUUGAUGCCCACGAAGGCUUCUCGGACAGUGAUGAGGUUUUCCCCAAGGAGAUGACCAAGUGGAACUCCAAUGAUUUCAUUGAUGCCUUUGCCCCUCCCACGGAAGCCGAGAACACCCCAGAACCUGAAGCCGAGGUAACCAAAGAUGCCGGAGAAGGAACCCGGGCUCCCAGGGACUCAGAGGGUCCUGAUGGAGUUGGGGAGCUGGGGGCCGAGGCCUGCGCCGUGCACGCCCUCUUCCUCAUCUUGCACAGCGGCAACAUCUUGGAUCCCGGCCCAGCUGACGCCUCCUCCAAACAGGCCGACGUGCAGACCCUGCGGCUGGCCUUCGAGGCUGUCACCCGUGUCCACUUCCCUGAGGCCUUGGGCCAUGUGGCGCUGCGCCUGGUGCCCUGUCCGCCCAUCUGUGCCGCCGCCUAUGCCCUCGUGUCCAACCUGAGCCCCUACAGUCACGACGGAGACAGCCUGGCCCGCUCCCAGGACCAUAUUCCCCUGGCCGCCCUGCCCCUGCUGGCCACGUCCUCUUCCCGAUACCAGAGCGCUGUGACCACCGUGAUUGCCCGCACCAAUCAGGCCUAUGCCGCCUUCCUGCGCUCUGCAGAGGGUGCCGGCUUCUGUGGGCAGGUGGUGCUCAUUGGGGACGGCGUCGGCGGCAUCCUGGGCUUUGAUGCGCUCUGCCACAGUGCCAGCUCAGGCACCGGCAGCCGGGGGAGCAGCCGUCGGGGCAGUGUGAACAACGAGCCACUGUCACCCGAGGUGGGCCCAGUGCGUGAUCCACUGGCCGACGGGGUAGAAGGACUGGGCCGGGCCAGCCCUGAGCCCUCGAGUCUGCCCUCCCAGCGGACACCCAGUGAUGUGGCUGGUGCCGAGCCUGAGGGCUCUCAGAACAGCCUGCAAGCAGUUCCUCCUGCUGGCUCCACAGGAGAGCCACGGCGGUCCAGCACAGCCUCCUGCCCCCAGGCUGCCAGCUCUGAGGCCCCUGACGGAGCUGCCAGUGCUGCCCGCCUCGACUUCAAGGUCUCGGGCUUCUUCCUCUUUGGCUCCCCUCUGGGCUUGGUGCUGGCACUGCGUAAGACUGUGAUGCCCGCCUUGGCUGUGGCCCAGAUGAGACCUGCCUGUGAGCAGAUCUACAACCUCUUCCAUGCGGCUGACCCCUGCGCCUCCCGCCUCGAGCCUUUGCUGGCCCCCAAGUUCCAGGCCAUCGCCCCCCUGGCUGUGCCUCGCUACCAGAAGUUCCCACUGGGAGAUGGCACAUCCCUGCUGCUGGCCGACACCCUGCAGACCCACUCAGGCCUCUUUCUGGAGGAGCUGGAGCUGGUGCCAUCCACCCCUACGUCUGCCAGUGGCGCUUUCUGGAAGGGCACUGAGCUGGGCACAGAGGCGGCGGUGCCCCCGGCAGCCCAGAGCACCACGAGUGAAGUGGUGAAGAGUAAGUCGGGGCCUCCCUGGUGGCUUGCGGAGUGGGGGGCCCCGGGUCCACCCCGGAGGCCCAGCAUUUUCCACCCACCCCACCCACCCAGCACCCGGCCCGGGCCCUUGGCGGAAAGGAGGGAGGGGGCCGGGGCGGAGAGGCGCCCCCUGACCCGCUGCUGCCCGCGCGGCCGUGCAGUCCUGGAGCGCUGGUGGGGGACCAAGCGGAUCGACUACUCGCUGUACUGCCCCGAGGCGCUCACGGCCUUCCCCACCGUCACGCUGCCCCACCUCUUCCACGCCAGCUACUGGGAGUCGGCCGACGUGGUGGCCUUCAUCCUGCAGCAGGUGAUCGAGAAGGAGCGGCCGCAGCUGGCCGAGUGCGAGGAGCCGUCCAUCUACAGCCCGGCCUUCCCCCGGGAGAAGUGGCAGCGCAAGAGGACGCAAGUCAAGAUCAGGAAUGUCACUUCCAACCACCGGGCCAGCGACACUGUGGUGUGUGAGGGCCGCCCCCAGGUGCUGAGCGGGCGCUUCAUGUACGGGCCCCUGGACGUGGUCACGCUCACGGGAGAGAAGGUGGAUGUGUACGUCAUGACACAGCCGCUGUCGGGCAAGUGGAUCCACUUUGGCACCGAGGUCACCAGCAGCUCGGGACGCCUCACCUUCCCUGUACCCCCUGAGCGAGCCCUGGGCAUCGGUGUCUACCCGGUGCGCAUGGUGGUUAGGGGAGACCACACGUACGCAGAGUGUUGUCUGACGGUGGUGGCCCGGGGCACCGAGGCAGUGGUGUUCAGCAUCGAUGGCUCCUUCACUGCCAGCGUCUCCAUCAUGGGCAGCGACCCCAAGGUGCGCGCUGGUGCCGUGGACGUGGUCAGGCACUGGCAGGACUCGGGUUACCUGAUCGUGUACGUGACGGGCAGACCCGACAUGCAGAAGCACCGCGUGGUGGCCUGGCUGUCUCAGCACAACUUCCCCCACGGCGUGCUUUCCUUUUGCGAUGGCCUCACCCACGACCCUCUGCGCCAGAAGGCCAUGUUCCUGCAGAGCCUGGUGCAGGAGGUGGAACUGAAUAUCGUGGCCGGCUACGGGUCCCCCAAAGAUGUGGCCGUGUACGGGGCGCUGGGCCUGCCAGCCAGCCAGACUUACAUCGUGGGCCGUGCAGUGCGGAAGCUACAGGCUCAGUGCCAGUUCCUGUCAGACGGCUACGUGGCCCACCUGGGCCAGCUGGAGGCCGGCUCCCACCCACACGCCCCCACGGGCCCCUCCAGAGCCAAGAGCAGCUAUGGGGCAGCCACCCCCGUGGACUUCCUCCGCAAGCAGAGUCAGCUCCUUCGCUCCAGGGGCCCCAGCCAGGCCGAGCGCGAGGGCCCCGGGACGCCGCCCAGCACCCUGGCCCGGGCCAAGGCCCGCAGCAUCAGCCUCAAGCUGGACAGCGAAGAGUGAGGACAACCCGGCACAGGCUUAUUUAUUCACAUGCUUCAGGCCACUGUGUUUGGAGACCACAUGGAGCUGCUAGGGCCUGGACUUGCCCCCCAGCCCCACCCCCUGCACCUCCCUGCCCCUCAGUGUCACUGCCCUUUCACGUGGGGGACACAGCUGGGGGGUGGGGUGGGCAGGGGUGUCCAUGCGUGUACGUCCAUGAAAAUAAACACCAACUGCUCUCUGCCUGA